CCGCGGAGCCUGCUGGGAGUUGUAGGCCAGGCCUGGUUGCCGGUCGACCUCUCUGCUUCUCCUCCUCUCUGCCCUUGGUGGCUUCGCCAUGUUCCCCGUCGGUCGUUUUCUCGCCCGCGCUUUGGUGUUGGGGUCCCGGUCCCCGUCCCGUCAUUAUGCCGAAGCGGCGGCAGCUGCUGCUACGGGCCCUGCACAGCUGGCCUUCACCUUCGCUUCGCCCUCUCAGAUUUUCUACAAUGCUGCUGUUGUGAAGCAGGUGGACGUUCCCACCUUAAGUGGCUCCUUUGGCAUCUUGGCCGCUCACGUUCCCACUCUGCAAGUCUUGAGACCUGGCAUUGUAACCGUCUUUGAUGAGGAUGGCUCCUCCAAAAAAUACUUUGUGAGCAGCGGUUCUCUCACCGUGAAUGCAGAUUCCUCUGUCCAGCUGUUAGCUGAAGAAGUAGCUUUAUUGGAUCAGCUCGAUGCUGCGACAGCCAAGUCCAAUUUGGACAAAGCCUUGUCGGAACUCGCAUCGGCCACCGACGAGGUAGCAAAAGCAGAAGCGCAGAUCAAUGUGGAAGCCAACGAAGCAAUUGUGAAAGCUUUGGAGUGAGCAGGAAAUUCCAUCACUGUUGCUUCAGAAGUGGCUUCCUUAAGUUCUGCAACCUCUCCAUCCUUCCCUCUCUUCUUUCGGUCUGUACAGAAUUUGUGAAUAAAGCUUGACAAUUAACUGUUACCGAUUAAAACAGAAGGUUAGGCCAAAA